UAUGGCAAAUGUCGAUGAUUUUCUAAGUUUCCUCCUGUUUGCAAGUGGAAUUGGUUGGCUUUGUGCUGGAUUCUACAUUGCUAAGCCUAAUCUCCACGGCAUCAAAUUCAAGGAGCGUACAUGCAACAUAACCUCUGUGGAAACAAUUUCCUUGUGGAAUGACCUACCAACUUGUUCAUGUGGUAAAGGCUGUUCUGAAGAGUAUCCUUGUUUGACUCUCAGGGGUUAUUACUGGAGCAAUGACACUUCAACUAACUCAUCUGUACCAGUAGCAGGCACUUUUCAUAGCGACUUCACAGCACUGACAAAAAAGUGCCUCUAUAUUCCAGACUGUAAGAAGACGUUCACCGAAAACGAUCGUGAAGUUUACAACUAUUUCACAGAACAUGUUUCUCCCAUAACAGGUGAUUCGCGCUACCCCUCUUCGCGCUACCCUAACUCUUGGUAUCAUCAACUCAACUCUACAUUCUACAACUACACUAAUAACAUUAGUUUCCCCUGUUGGGGCUAUGAAGACACAAUGUACUUCGACCAUGAGUACUCUAUCAUACUGGUUUACAUAUCCUUAAUAAUACCUGGGGUAGUCUUCCUAUUCACUUUAUUAUGUUCAUUUAUUUGUGGAUCAGACGAUCAAAAGAACUUUGUGGGAGGAUUGUUGAUGUUGCCUAUCCUCUUAACAGUCGGAAUUGUAGCGUGUCUUUGGGAAAUAAUUUCAGAAUGCUUACCCCGUGGAUGUACUGAUGUGGUGGACAGCUGUGGUAGUUGUCUGAAAUCUGCCCUGACCUGCCAAUGUUUAAAACCAAAAAGUGGAAAUGACAACGAUAAUGACAUUGAGAUGACUGAUGAUGAAAGAUCUUCAAGAAGAGGUAGCGUGGUCUCGUCAGGCACUGUAGUCCUCUCUGAAGGAUAUCUUAGCACUAGUCCUUACAACUCAACUAGGAGAUCAUCUCUUCAAUUUACAGCACCGUCAUCUCAACCUUCAGGAAGAGUCACCUUUGAUGUUCCAGAAUCUGGACCGAGCUAUGAUGUGGGAGGUUCGGAUAACCUACCCCCUCCACCCAGCUACGAUGAUGCAGUUGGAUCCGCCGCUCCUAUCGAUUCUGCUCCUUCCUAUGACGAAGUCGUUAACAGAUCCUUCAAAUAACACUCACAAAAUUUGAGAGACAUAAAUAGGAUAUCAUUAUCAUACGAGUAACCCUUAUACAUUAUGGGAGAUUAAAAUCUUCGAAUAAUCUCUUUUAUUCGAUAACAAAAAAUAUAGCUAGGACUUAAUAUUGUACUUUUAUCAUUAUUUUAAGAUCAAGUUUUUGCAGUUUUUGUAGUUAUGUUGUAUUCGGAUGAGUUUAAAUCACUUAAAUGUAUAUUAUUGUUAUGUUCAUUUUGAUCUGUGAAUACUAUUACAGAAGUAGAUCAAACUUUUAGAUUCUUUUAUUGUGUUUACAUCAGUAGUUUUUGUAUAUUUCUAGUUUAUGUUUCAUUAGUUGAGAAAUUAAAUCGUAUUUUUUGUAACAAUAAUCUAUUGUAUUCGAGCUUUUCAUCCAGAAGUGAAACAAAUUCUUCAUAUAUUAUGGAGCCAGGUUGUAGACUGGCUACACCUGGUUAAAAUAUUAUAAUCAACAAAAUAUAAUAUGUAAUAUUAUGACAAUACCAAAAGUUCUUUUUAAUUAAUACAGUUUCUACUACAGUAUCUACUAUCUAAUUCUAAGUUUAAUUUUCGCAAACUUAAUUUUAAGUUUAGCUGGUAGUUUUAUUGCAAAUGGGAUUUGUGAUAUCGAUAUUACAGUGUAUUUAAAUACAUAUAAUUCAUUCGAUAAUGUUGAUCUAUUUUGAGUUGUGAAUGUCAAAAAUCUGAGUUAUUUAACAAUUAGUGGAAAUUCUAACAUGAAAUUCUAGUCGAUUAGAUCGAUGUUUUUUAUCUGCGGUCGGGUGAUCAUG